UUCAAUACGAAUGAUGGACGAAAAUUCAACGGAAACAAGUGAAAGUCGAACUUUCGUAAAAGAUACAUAUGUGAAAACGAAAACAAAGAAUAUACGAAAUCAUUCGAAAUUGUGGCUACAAUUACGUUGUUGCAUUUAUGUUGGUGUAAUUUUAUUAUUUUAUACGAAUUAUCUAUGGUUUGACGGCGGCUGGCGCGGACGAGCGGAGAAAGUGCCUCCCAAACAACCUCAGUCAACUGGUAGACAACUACUCAGUAUUGUGAGUACCAGCGCUAUUGACUUGGAGCAUUCACAAGAAGACGUGAGCAUAACAGAAAUACAUUACAACAACAAAUAUCAAAGAAAACACACAAAUCUAGAUGAUAGUAAGACAACAACAACAAAAACAGCAGCAGAGAGCAACACUACACGCGCGAACUCACGGUGGACCGCUGACAGCGCAGUCACAGCCACAGCUAUAGCUAACUGUACAGCACCCGCGAUCUUGGAAUUCCCCACAGACGGUUUAACGCGCGCCGAACGUCAACACGGCUGGAUUACGUUACAUAUUUUAUUGGCACUCUAUUGCUUUUGGUUGUUGGCGGUAAUUUGUGAUGAUUACUUUUUGCCAGCCAUCGAGUUGAUAUGUCAAGCGCUACAGAUGCGAGCCGAUGUGGUCGGCGCCACUUUUAUGGCAGUCGCCACUUCAAGUCCGGAACUCUUUAUGAAUUGCGUUGGUACAUUCGUGACAAAGGGUGACAUCGGUAUUGGUACCAUCGUGGGCUCGUCUGUAUUUAAUUUACUGGCUGUACCGGCAUGUUGUGGUCUAUUUGUCGGACAAUGCGUGCGUUUGGAUUGGUGGCCGGUAAGUCGGGAUUGUCUCAUGUACUGCCUGGCGGUUAUAGCACUGAUCUGUACGCUCUGGGACGGCAAAGUGAUGUGGUACGAAUCGAUGAUGCUCUUUUUGGCGUACUUCUUCUAUAUGGCAGUGAUGUACUACAACGAUAAGGUCGCACGCUCAGCACGUCGUCUGAUCUCUCGUUAUCGCCGUAAAUUGCGUUUGGUGUUCUCCUAUCGUGAAGUUGGUGAGCUAACACCACUCAUUAGACGUCAGCAUACCUUCAACAGCAUUACGAAUUAUACAUUAGCAACAUCUUUUCAAAGUAGUAGUAAUUGUGCUUCAAGUAAUAACCUGGCAACAUUUUAUAUACCCGAAUCAUCAACACAACUGCAUCCCAGUUUGGAGGAUGUCGAAAGUUGUCGCUCAUCUACGACACAUAAUGACAGUUGCAGUUGGACAGUAGCUUCUGAACCAAAUUGCGUUAAUGAAACUGAUUAUAACGCAACAGAUUACGCUGAUACACCUUGGGAACGUGGUGAUGCUUCGUGGUUAUGUUUCUUACUUCGUUGGCCCAUAACAUUUUUGUUAUAUAUAACGGUACCGGAUAGUCGUCGACAUCCACAGGCCAAAUAUUUAACAUUUGUGGCGGCGAUUAUGUGGAUUGCAUUGAUCUCUUAUGUGGUGGCUUACGCGAUAACGGUAAUCGGCGAUACACUCAACAUACCCGACUCUGUUAUGGGUCUCACAAUACUCUCCGCCGGCAUGAGCGUGCCGGAAGCUGUCUCUAGCAUUAUUGUCACGAAACAGGGUCUCGGCGCUAUGGGCAUUAGUAAUGCUAUCGGUUCGAAUACCUUCGAUAUUUUAUUGUGUCUCAGUGUGCCUUGGUUUGUCAAAGCCUAUUUUCUACCCAAUCAUCCGGAUGAAAUGUGGGUCGCACCCAGAUCUAAUGGUCUCACAUAUUCGGUGAUCUUUCUGCUCGCAUCUGUUAUUUGUCUCUUUCUGACAUUACUCUUGAAUCGUUUUAAAUUGGAUCGUAAAGUGGGUUUAAUAUGCGCCAUUUUAUAUGUCUGUUUCAUUGUAUGUGCGGCACUCAUCGAACUCAAUGUGUUCUUUCCGGUUAAUCUACCCGUUUGUGAGCACUAAGUGCACCACGAUUGAGGGAGAGAGAGAGCGGGUGGUGAUGGAGCGGGCUUGGACAAUCAAGUUAACCAAUCUUGCCAAUAUUAAUUUUUGUGAACUUUAGAUUUUGCACAAUUAAUUUUCUAUUAAUAUUUAAGGUAACAAUAAAUGAUAAUAAUGUGAA